AUGAGCCGCUUCAUGCUUGAAACCACAACAUGUCAGAGUUUACAGCAGUUCUGCAUAGAAGAGGAGGCCACAAGCCCUGCUCUAGUGUCCUCUAGGUUCAUCGUGUGCCUCCAGCCUGCCCCACAGUGUCCCUAUGAGAUCUUGUGUCACUCCAGCCUGCUACCCAGUGUUCCUCUACCAGUGCGUCCCACGGUGUCCUCUAUACAGAAUAUAGGUCAUCUGUGUCCUUCCAGACCCUGCUCCCAGUGUCCUCCUAGGUCACUAGUGUCCUCGCAGCCUGCUCCCAGUGUCCCUCAUAGUCAUCUUGUGUCCUCCCAGCCUGCUCCCAGUUGUCCUCCUGAUCAGUGGUCUCUAGGUAAAACUGUGUCCUCCAGCUGCUCCCAGUGUCCUCUAUACGUAUACGGUCAUACUGUGUCCUCCAGCCUGCUCCAGUGUCCUCUAGGUCCUCUGUGUCUCCAGCCUGCUCUAGUGUCUCUAGCUGAUCCAGUGUCCUCUAGGUUCUCUGUGUUCCUCCAGCCAGGGGUGGUGCUCCCAGUGUCCUCCGUGUGUCCCACCUCCUGUAACAGGUGCGGAGCGCACAGGAUCCGGGUGACAGCCACCGACAUACCCACGCCAGGCAGACACCACGUACCCCAGGCCCAGGCAGGACACCACGUACCCCACCCAGGCAGACACCAGUACCCCACGCCCAGGCAGACACCACGUACCCAGGCCCAGGCAGACACCACGUACCCCACACCCAGGCAGACACCCACGUACCCACACCAGGCAGACACCACAUACCCCACGCGCACCAGGCAGACACACGUACCCCACACGCAGGCAGACACCAGUACCCCACACCAGGCAUGCAACCACGUACCCCACACCAGGCACACCAACGUACCCCACACCGUCCAGGCAGACAUCCAGCGUACCCCACCCCGGCAGCCAGACCAGCGUACCCACAAACCAGAGCCAACUAGCCACCGUCAGCCACGACGUAACCCACACCAGGCAGCCACACGUAACUCGCCACGCCCAGCGCAGCCACCACGUAACCGCCACGCCCAGGCACGACACCAACACCACGUAGCCCACACCAGAGGCAGACACCAGACCGACCCGCAGACCAGGUACGACCAAGAGCCAGCAGCUGCACCCGACCGUACCUCCACGCCCAGGCUCACUAAGUACCACGUUGAAACCGCUCAUCCCAGGCAACACCACGUACCCACGCCCAGGCUGGCACCCGUAACCCACGCCAGGCGCACCGUACCCACGCAGCGUAACCACGACCCCACCCGGCCUGCACCGUACGUACCCAACGCGCCAGGCGCCACCUACAAUACCCGCCGAGGCAGACCCACGUACCCAACGCACGGCAGACACACAAUUACCAUCCACGGCCCAGGCAGCCACCACAUACCACGCCCAGGCAGCCACCAACGUACCCCCAGCCCAGGCAGACACACGUACCCCCAACGCCAGCAGCCACUCACGUACCCCACGCCCAGGCAGACCGACGACCCCAGCCAGGCAACACCACGUACCCCACGCGCAGGCAGACACCACGUAAACCCACGCCCAGCGCGCCACCACGUACGCCACGCCAGAGCAGACACCACGUACCCCACACGCCACGUACCCCGCCGCAGCCACACACGUACCCCACGCCCAGGCAGACACCAACGUACCUCCACGCCCGGCAGCCACACAAUACCCACACCCAAGGCGCCCCACGUACCCCACGCCCAGACAGCCACCACAUACCCCACACCCAGGCUGCCACCACGUACCCCACGCCCAGACAGCCACCACAUACCCCACGCCCAGGCAGACAAGACUGCUCCAACCACCCAAUCCAACUCCGCUUCCUGCACCUCGGUCCCAGCCGAGGCGGAGUGGAAGAAGAGAAAAGCCUCCUUCGGCAGCCCACUUCCUGACAGGAAGUAG